AUGGCUCAAAUACAAGAAUCCGCGUCGCUCUUCGAAGUGAACGUUCCAGAAUUUAAACUACUUAAACAAUGCAGAAAAGAAUUGAAAUUAUUGAAACAACUUUGGGAUUAUGUUCAUCUAGUUCAUUCAUGUAUAAACGAUUGGAAAACUACUCCUUGGCGUAAAGUCGAUGUUGAAAACAUGGAUAUAGAAUGUAAAAAAUUCGCAAAGGAAAUUAGAGCGUUGGACAAAGAGAUGCGAUCGUGGGAUACCUAUACGUGUUUAGAAGCUACAGUGAAGAAUAUGGUAACAUCUUUGAGGGCUGUUGGUGAACUGCAAAACCCGGCGAUUCGCGAACGUCAUUGGAAACAACUCAUGAGCUCUACGAAAACUUUAGCUGAUUUACCUGAAGCGUAUGAUGUUAAGUUUGUUAUGGAUCAAGGCACAACCUUAGCUGAGUUAUUAGCAUUAAACUUGCACGAAUGCGAAGACGAUGUAAAGACUAUAGUUGAUAAAGCCGUAAAAGAAAUGUCUAUGGAAAAAAUGUUACGUGAGCUUCAAACAACUUGGGCCGCUAUGGAAUUUUAUCAAGAAACUCAUAGCCGUACAGGAUGCAGUUUGUUAAGAGCAAGUGAAAAGCUGAUUGAAACACUUGAAGAAAACCAAGAAUAA